CUCGAGUCUGGCUCGGGGCUCGCCCUCCCACCGCCGGCGCGCUGCCGCGCCUCGGCCCGCUCUCGCCGUGCGAUGAUGACGGCGGCGCCGACCCGCGGCGCCGCGAUGGCCCCCGGGCCCGCCGCGGCGCCGCAGCGCCAGCUGGGCGGCCAGCCGCCCCACGUCCGCGGGGCCGGGUCCCUCGACCAGCCGACCCCCGGCCUGGGCCGCGGCGCUUGGCCGGGCGGCUCCGCGCGCGGGGGCGGCGUGGGCGCGGGCGCGGGCCAGGAGCCAGCGGCCGCCGUGGCUGCGGUUCUCGUGGCCGCACUCCUGGCAGGCAGCGGCCGCCGCCGCGAGAAGAAGCGUGCGCCAGCAGUCGCCCUCGCCGCGAGAGGGGGCCAGAAGGUUGUGCCGCGGGCGGUGGACGGGGGCCCGCACGCGACGGAGCCCGCGGUCGAGCUGCGCUGGCUGCUGGCCCAGGCUGUCGAGCGCCGCCAGCCGCAGGGCGGGUGCCCGCCGCAGGAGGCCGCCGCCGCCAAGCGGGUCGUGCGCGCGACUCUGGCGCGGCUGCUGAGCGCCAGCGCGACGGAGCGAACGUUCCAGGCAUGCUACCAGCAGCACCUCCCUGCGGCCCUCGAGCAGGAGGGCGCGGCCAGGGGGGCGGUCUCGGCGGCGGUGAGGCAACUAGUGGAGGAGAGCCUGAGGUGGUACCACAUGCUGGAGGACCCGCGUGGAGCUUCGGCGGCGUGCGUGGAGCUCGAGUUCUUGGUCGCGGUGCCCGGCGACGCAUCGUGGCCGACGGCGCGGUGCCUCGCGAGCAUCGACAGGGUAGACAUGAGGCUGCACGGCAGGAGCCGGGUGCUCACCCUCGUCGACUAUGCGGUCGGCCCUGUCGACGACGCGGAGGAGGAGUGGCUGCGGCUGGGGGCGCAGGCGUGGGCCCUGCGGCAGUGCGGCCAGUUCGCGUGGGACGAGCUGCGCGUGCGCAGGCUGGGCCUCGCCGAGGGCGGCUGCCAGGAGCGGGCCCUGGGCGACGAGGACUUCCAGCGGGCCGAGCGGGCGGUGCGCGAGGCGCUGCUGGCCCACCGCUCGGGUGGGCUCGCCGCCGCGCCGUGCGCGCGGGCGCCCGGCGAGCGGCCCGCGGCCGCAGGCGCGCGAGAAGCGGAGGGUCGCUUCGAGGCGGGCGCGGCGCAGGGGGCCGCGCCGGCGCGGCCAGCGGCCUCCCAGCACCCCGGGUGGCGUCCGAGUGCCUGCGGCGACUGCCAGCAGCAGGAGGCGGACCCCGUGGCGGCCACCAGGGGCACGACCGUCGUACGCACGGUGGACCAGGCGGCGGCCGCCGUGGAGAAGCUGUGUUCGCUGACAGAUCGCAUCCACGCCGUGGACACCGAGGUGAGGGGCUGGUCGCCUGGGCAGACGCCCUACGGGAACGGCGAGGUGAUCUGUUUCUCUGUGUAUUGCGGUGACGACGUGGACUUCGGAGAUGGACCUCGCUUGUGGGUCGACAACCUUUGCGAGAACGGCCACAGUCGAGACUUGUUGUGGCGCUUCCGCGAUUACUUUGAAAAUCCCAAGAUCCGAAAGGUGUUUCACAACUACGCCUUCGACCGGGCAAUGUUCGUGAACGAGGGUCUAUCGGUAGCUGGCUUCGCAGGGGACACUAUGCACAUGGCCCGCUUGGAGCACUCGGACAGGCAGGUCUACUCGCUGGAGGGUCUGGGCGAGGAGCUGCUGGGAGAGGCGUGGCGCAAGCGAGCUCUCAGGGAGUUCAUGGCAGAGGAGAAGUUGAGGUCCGUAGACGACCUGCACUUGAGCCCCAAAGACGAAGUGAGGGAGGAGUGGAUCGACUAUUCUACAUUCGACACGGUUGCGACGUGGAAGCUCCACGAGUGCUUGGAGCGCAGGCUGAGGCGCAUGCCCUGGCACGGCGGCUGCAUGCUCGAUUUCUACGAGACAUACUGGAGACCUUUUGCAGAGGUGCUCGUGGACAUCGAGGCUUGCGGCAUCCCCAUCGACACCGCGCAGCUUCAAGAGCAGGAGCGGCGUGCCCGGCAAGAUGUCGACCUGUGCCACAAACGUUUCCAGGAAUGGAUUCGGGCGGAGUACCUGGAAAAGUACCCAAGCAAGCAGGAGUUGCAGAACGCCCCCGAACAAAUUAAUCUACAAAGCUCCCGACAGAUGCAGCAUCUGCUGUUUGGAAAGGGCGUGGAGACAUUUGGAUCGACGGCUAUCGGCGGGCUCGGGCUUCCAGAAACAUUGUGCCGCACUCGGACUGCUACGGGGGGCUUGUCUCUCUCAGGCGAAACCAUAUUGAAGCUGUCGGGUAGCAAUCCAGAGAGCGGGGAGCAGGGCUGUGGCACAGCCUUGCCGUUCCUCGGUGUGCGCGGUUGCACUGGUCUCUCUAUGAUCAACAAGGCAAAAGAUAUCGAAAAGAACAUUAACACGUUCCUCUUGCCUCUGCAGAAGCACGUGGACAGGCAAGGACGCGUGCACACCUCGCUGAAACUUAAUACUAAUACAGGGCGCUUGGCUUCUUCCGAGCCGAAUCUUCAGCAGCUUCCGGCGCUGGACAAGGACGUAUACAAGAUCCGCCAGGCAGUGAAGUGCGCAGACGACCGCCUCUUCAUAGUUGCCGACUACGGUCAGCUGGAGCUGAGGGUAUUGGCACACAUGUCAGGGAGCAAGCAGAUGAUCCAUGCUUUGUGCUCUGGCAUUGACAUACACUCGGCGACAGCUCUAAACAUGUACUCGCACGUGAAGGCAGCGGUCGACAGAAAAGAGGUGUGCCUCAAUGGUGGCGGGGGAGUCCCGUUGCUGAAGGACGUUUUCGGAUCUGAGCGGCGCUGUGCGAAGGCUGUCAAUUUCGGGAUCGCGUACGGUAUGACGGAACACGGCUUGUCUCUAAAUCUGAAUUGCGACUUGGAGGAAGCCAAGCAGAUGAUCGCCAAGUGGUACGAGGCUUACCCAGAGGUCAGGACUUGGCAGGAGAAUGUGAAGUUGGAGGCCAUCGGACAGGCAGAGCAGAGUGGAAGCGACUUGGCGUACGUCAGGACUCUCAGGGGUCGCCCGCGGCCGCUGCCCGUGGCCCACCUCAGGCCGCGGGGAAAGCGGGCGUGGUCAAAGAGCGCAGAGUCCAGGGACCAGGACCUGCAGGAGUGGAAACGCGCCAACUCCGCGAAGCGUCAGGCCACCAACGCGCCGAUCCAGGGCGGCUCGGCGGACAUCGUCGUCGAGGCGAUGAUCAAGGCCCACCGGAGCAGCGAGCUGCGACGCCUGGGGUACCAGAUGGUGCUGCAGAUCCACGAUGAGCUCAUCUUCGAGGGCCCCGCCGAGAAUGCCGACGCCGCGCUCCUGGUUGUCAAAGACGUCAUGGAGCGGCCGUUCCUCGACGGCUGGGAGAUGAAGGUGCCGUUGCCCGUGGACGCGAAGGUGGUGGCGACGUGGAUGGAAGCCAAGUAGCACGGACGACCGCCGUGAGCUGGCCGAGGAGCCCCUGGGGCAAGCGCCCCAGACCAUCGGCCAGCCCCCGCUCUGCAACGGCUACGCGGAGGGGACCUUCGCCGGACGGACCUUCCGCGCGGGCCCCCCUCGGGCGUCCUCCCCGCGCUGGUCACGAGUGGCGAACGCAUCUGUGUCCCCGCCCUCGCGGUCUGGAUUCUGGGGCGCGAUCCCGCGGAUACGCGGUCGCACGAUUACGCUCUGCGCGUGGCAUCCGCGGCCCAGGGGCCCGGCCCGCGAGGCCGUGGACACGGAUGUGUCUCACGCCCACGGACUGGCCUGCGCGUUGUCGGCCUCUUCGGCGGCUUCCGAAAGCCGCGCACCAGAGGUCGCUCCUGCUCGUGGCCGUUCUGCAGCGCGGAGCCGCGGCGCGCGCAAGCCCACUCGGAGGCGGGAUCCGCAGUGGCUCGGAUUGCGGGGGGCCCUGGAUGGGGCCGUGCCCCCCGCGCGUGCCCUGGGCGGGCAGAGCGAGAAGAAAAGGGGAACGCGGGCGCCGAGGCAGCCAG